GGUCGAGAGGUCUCUGGCGAGACUCCGCUGGCCAUUUGCGGCUGAGACGGUGACAGCGAGAGGAGGACGAUGGCGACCCGGGCUCUUACCUGGCUGCUGUGCGCGGCCGUUCUGCUCACCUGCGGGAACGCCUACAGGAGGCGGCCUGACAGCUCGAGGAGGGAGGGCUGCUCUGGAGGUGGCGGAGAUGCGGAGACGCUGCGGAACGUGGAGGAGAAGGUGACAGCUCUCUGGCGGAGUCUGUUGCACCCUGACCCGCGCGGGGAGCCGCUCCGUGCAGUCUGCGCCAUGGAGCCCAACCGGGCGCAGGCUGCGGACUCGCAGAUCCCCGUACGAGGAGUGGUGCUCUUCCACCAGAAGUCGGUGCUCGAGCCCCUGGAGAUGGCGCUGCGCCUGGAGGGGUUCCCGCGCGAGCGGCGCUUGCACGGCAUCCACGUCCACGCGUACGGGGAGAUCGCGCCGGGCUGUGAGGCCGCGGGGCCCCACUUCAACCCCCACGAGGCCCACCACGGAAGCCACCCCGGGGACUUUGGGAACUUCCAGCCGGACGCGCAGGGCCGCGUGCAGCAGCUCCUGCCCCGCCUGCAAGCCACGCUGUACGGGCCCGACUCCAUCGUGGGCCGCUCCAUCGUGGUGCACGAGGGCGAGGACGACCUGGGCCGCGGGGAGGACGAGGGCAGCCGUCUCCACGGCAACUCGGGGAAGCGCAUCGCCUGCUGCGUCAUCGGCAUGGCGAGCGGCGCCACGUGGGAGCAGCACAGCCGCCCCUAGCGCUCACCGCGCUCACCACUCAUCCACUCACCGCUCGUCCACUCACCACGCACAUCUAGCGCUCACUGCGCUCACCGCGCUCACCGCUCGGCCACUCAGCACUCAUCUACUCACCACGCACAUCUAGCGCUCACUGCGCUCACUGCGCUCACCGCUCGGCCACUCACCACUCGUCCACUCACCACGCACAUCUAGCGCUCACCACGCUCACCGCGCUCACCACUCGUCCACUCACCACUCAUCUACUCACCACGCACAUCUAGCGAUCGCUGCGCUCACCUCUCACUACUCAUGCCGAGCGCCUCACCCCUCACCACGUAUCUACUCACUACUCUCACCAACAACAAUCAUUCAAACGGAGCUCUUUCACUCACAGCACACACACAGCACACGGAACAGUACACGUAGAAAACACAGCACACACAAGACACACACAGCAUACACACACAGCACACACACAAGACAUACACAGCAUACACACAUAGCACACCCACACACAGUAAACACAAAUGACACACGCAGCAGGCACACAGUACACACAGCACACACACGUCCGUCGAUGGAUGAUUAAAUCUUGAUUGAUGUUGAGUGCAAUGGGAAGAUGUUGAAUGGAAACGGUCCUUUUAGUAAAAUCGUCA